AUGGAUUGUAUAGCGACAAUUUCCCGUUGGUAUGGAGAAUUCAAACGUGGACCGGUGAGUCUUAGAGACGAUCCCAAGGUGGGUGCACCAAAAACGGCAGUCACCCAGGAAAACGUCGAUGCUGUGCGCAAACUCAUCAUUGAAGAUAGACAUGUGAUAUAUCGCGAGAUUGAGGCGUCCUUGAAGAUCUCAAAGAUCUCAAAUCAAACAAUUUUACAUGAAGAAUUAGGAGUAAGAAAAUUAGUUUCUCGUUGGAUACCCCACCUGUUGACUGAAGAGCAGAAAGCAACCAGGGUUAAUUGGUGUCAAAAAACGCUUGACCGUUUCCAUUCCGGAAACUCAAAAAAUGUGUACAGCAUUGUUAGUGGUGAUGAAUCGUGGAUUUACUGUGAAGAAAAGCCAACAAAAAUGGUCGCGACAUUUGUGUCAAAAGCGGGUCAUAUUGCAACAAUUCCUCUUAAUGAGCAAAGAAAUGUUGCUGCGGAUUGGUAUAACUCCAUUUACAAUGCAAGCUCGCACACAGCCCAAACAACAAGGCAGUAUUUUAAGGAAGAAAACGUGGAAUUAUUGGACCAUCCUCCAAAUAGUCCCGAUCUAAGUCCCAACGGUUUCAUUACUUUCCCGAAAAUUGAAAACAGACUGCGUGGUCAAAGGUUCCAGUCACCAGAAGAAGCAGUUGACGCAUUCAAAAAUGCCGUUUUGGAUCUGCCAGCAAACGAGUGGAAUAAGUGCUUCGAAAAUUGGUUCGAGCGCAUGCAGAUGUGUAUUAAUCUUCAUGGAGAAUACUUCGAAAAACAAUAA